GGCGGCGCUGUCCGGCAGUGAGGUGGCUGCCGCCGGGCGGACAGGAGGGGCCGCUAUGAGGCUGCUCUUGCUGGCGUGCCUCCGAGCGCGGACCGGCAACGCGACCACCGCGGCCCGGAUACAGAAUCAUCUACAUGCUGCAGGUCACAUCUGUGUUCUUAAAGAUGCUUUCAUGUAUGAAAGUCAAACUGAAAUAGCAAAUCUAAUCUCCACAGACAAGUUUGAUGGAGCCCUGGCCAUUCAUCUUUAUAAAGGAGGCAGACUUCUGCAAGGUAGCAGAAUUCCUUUUGGAAUCAUCUUUGGUGGGACAGAUGUAAAUGAAGAUGUCAAAUGUGAAGAGAAACAUCGGGUAAUGGGAGCAGUGCUAGAAGAAGCCAGGUUUGCAGUGGCUUUCACGGUGAAAAUGAAGGAACUGGCAGCAGCAGAGUGGCCAGAUGCUAGGAAGAAAAUACAUGUCCAGACUCAAGGAAUUAAGACUACACCCAAGGAAACAUUUGACUGGUAUAGAUUUCUACAAAAUGCAGGUAUUCCUACAGAUACAGACAGUUUACAUGUUUUUCUCUUGAUAUGUGGACUUCGAAGAGUCAAAGACCCUCUGUAUUUAGUAGAUGUCUUUUCAGAUUGGCACAGAAAGGAUCCCAGCAUCCAUCUGGGCAUAAUUGGACCUGCAGUUGAUCCCCUUUUUACCAGUGAAGUUAAGGAAAAAGUUAAAAGGGCACCUGGAGUACACCUAUUACAGGAGAUGCCCCAAGAUGAUCUUCAUGCUGCUAUGAAAAGGUGCUUUGCUGUGGUGAACAGCUCCAUCUCAGAGGGGAUGUCUGCUGCAAUUCUGGAGGCAAUGGAUUUAAAUGUUCCAGUGCUGGCAAGGAACAUUCCUGGGAAUGCAGCAAUAAUAAAACAUAAAGAAACAGGACUGCUAUUUUCAAAUCCUCAGGAGUUUGUUGUGCUGUCCAAGAGUUUGAUGAAUGACCCCAUUAUGGAAAAAGAAAUUGUAACAAAAGCCAAAGACUACAUGAAGAAACAUCAUUCAUGGGAAAGUGAAAGAAAAGCCUAUGAGAACCUUGUCCUAAGACUUCAAUGAAUUGCAAGACCACAGUUGAUAUCCACCAAUCUAUGUAAAGCACUGUAAUGGAGGAUGUACAAUUAGAUCUGGGUUUCUCUUGGUUUCUUUUUUGAAGAGAUAAUAAGACAUGCAUUAAUAUUCUGUUCAAACAUACCAACAUCACAGCAGUUGUCUGCUAUUCAAACUCAGAAUUUAUCUAAUUCAGCACACUGUCUCUAGUGUACCAGUUCAUCACAGACCAGUAUCAUUUUGUAAGAUCACAUAGGAGAAGUAUACUCUUUGAACAGUUUUUAUUGUUGUAAGGCCUCAAAGGGAAGAUUUCUUGUAUACAGUGGAGCACACCACCACAUAGAGCCCCCAUUACUGUUCUAAUCGUACUGCAUCCUAACCAAACUGCAACGUCAGUUUUCUUUCCAAUUAUACCAGUCUGAAUGUAUUAGGUACAUUUGACAUGCACAUAUAUGUUCAGAAAGCCAAGAUUAGUUAUAUAAGCAGAGUAUAAAAUUAUUAGGAUGAAAGCUUGCUUGAGACUGAAAGAUCAACAUUUGUAUUGACCGAAUAAUGAUCUACAGUCAUAUAAUGACUGCAUACUUGCCAAAAAGCAAACAAGAGUGUUGCUGCUUGAGAAGAGUGAGGAGCAUAGGGCAUGUUUUGUACUGCCCUCUGGUUACCUGAACUGCUCUCAGGUUAGCUGAUGUGACCAAACUAUCCUGUGCUUGCCUCUUCUCUUGGAACCAGAACAGGAAGGCUGGCACAGCACCUGCAGCCAUACAUGGCUUCAGAUUCCAGAACUGCACAGCACUGCCUACAGCAGCAAGAUGUGCUUGCAGACAGAGAUGCUUUGUUACAUGAACUACCUCUUAGUUUGCCAGUUUUGUUGGUACCUCUGUGAUUUAUAUAAAUCUACUAAAAGAUUUAUGAAACCUGUGAAAAGGGAAUGGGGGGUUAGGGGUAUUUUCAAUUUACUAUGUAUUUCGGUACUGUUUGUUCUCAUCUGUGGCUUUCAGAAUAUAUUGCAAUAUACUGUAGCAGGCUGUUUUUAAGUCAGACUUACCUGGGUUUGAAGUCCAUACUAAUUAUUCCUUCCAGCUUGGUGCAUCUGGACAGAUCUUUGAACCUGUAACUGGUCAAAGGAUUUACAUUUACAGAAAACAAACCAACAGAAAAGGUCAUAUUUUUAACUACUUGUUAUUAGGAAACUCUUUGCUUUGUAUAGGCUUGAUCCUGCCAAUUAAAACCAGUGAGAUGUUUCCUACUGA